AGCAGCAGCCUCCUGCCGGCCCACCCUGAACUUGGCUGGGCUCCCCGCCGCUCCGGUGGAAACGCGAAGCCAGCUGCGUCCUACUCUGAAGCCAUGAACGGAGGCGUGUGCCUGUGCGUGCUGAUGGCUGUACUGGCGGCGGGCGCCCUGGCGCAGCCGGUACCCGCGGCGGACCCUGCGGGCCCAGGGGCGCAGCAGGAGGAGGAAGCGCUCCGGCGGCAGCUGAGGGCCGUGCAGAAGGUGGACGGCGAGCCCCGAGCGCACCUGGGCGCGCUGCUGGCCAGAUACAUCCAGCAGGCCCGGAAAGCUCCUUCUGGCCGAAUGUCCGUCAUUAAGAACCUGCAGAGCCUGGACCCCAGCCACAGGAUAAGCGACCGGGACUACAUGGGCUGGAUGGAUUUUGGCCGGCGCAGUGCUGAGGAGUACGAGUACCCGUCCUAAGGGCCCCCACCUUUGUCAGCAGCCAGGAAGCAACCUCCCGGCUCAGAGGAGGCAGAAUACGAAAACAAUGACACUCACGACCCAUUGUCUCUGAAGUUUGACGUUUUAAGUAUCUAUUUAUUAAGUUUUCAAUGUGAAAACUAUGUCCGUGAUCUUGUUCACUACCACCUCACCCCUCACCGGAAUUGUACGAGCGGAGGACAAACCGUUUUCCUCGUCUGUGACACCUGGUCCUAAAGUGUUGCUAUGCUAUUAAAAUGAUUUCAUCCUG